AUGUCUGAAGAGAACAAGAGCAACCCUGGAUUCUUUGGCGGUCUAGGUAACGCAGUGGGCAACACUGCCAGCGGCGCUACCAACACAGUGGGAAACACACUUACCGGCCUGGGAAGUGCUGCUGGCGGCGCCGCGCAAGGCAUCGGCCAGACUGUGAGCGGUGCGACGGAAGGACUUGGUGAUGCAGCCAAGGGUCUUGGACAGACUGUGAACAAGGCCGUAGGGUCAGGAGAACAAAACAAGCCUUCGGGAGAACAAAGCAAUCCUUCGGGCAACUAA